UGUACCGACGGAUGACUAAGUUAUUCGCGGGUUUGACUGUUUUAAAAGUAGUACUUUUUUAGCGUUCUCUGCCGUUCACAGGGGCAUUAUUCACGUCAGCUCUUAGCGCUAUCGGGUUCUGUCCCGCUGUGUCACUGAUACGGGUGUUAGUAACACGGAAAUCUGUCGACUUUUGAUCGGUUUUUUAGGGUAGCUUUGACUGUCUAAACAGCUCAACUGUGCUCCAUUCGCUGAAGCCGAAAGGAAAAACCAUAGAGAACACUCCACAACUGUCUACUGCAGAUGACCCUAACUGAAGCAUGAUGAAGCGCACACGCAGGAUGCUCCCUCGGUGCCAGGCUCCCUCGGUAACUGUUGGGGCGACACCCAGCAGCUCGCAGUCCCUCCACACCAGGAGAAGUCACCGGCUCAGAGGAGCCAGCGGCCAAGACGCCCAGAGCCAGCCGGGCCCGCGUCGGGACGAGACGUUCCGUGUCAAAACGACCCUGUCCCCAACCAUCGUCAUCCAGCGGCAGGAAAUGACGUCGUUCUUCAGACUUUUCGACGAUGACCUGAUCCAUGACUUUCUGUGGAUGGACCGCUGCUGUAAAAUGACUGACAGGUACCUUCUGGCCAUGACCUUUGUGUACUUCAAAAGGGCCCGCUUCACUAUCGCUGAAUACACCAAGAAGAAUUUCUUCAUUGCACUGUAUCUUGCCAACACCAUGGAGGAGGACGAGGAGGAGAGCAAGUAUGAGAUUUUUCCAUGGGCGCUGGGCAAGAACUGGAAGAAGCAGUUUCCCCGCUUCCUCAAGCAACGAGACAAGCUGUGGGCUCGCGUCGAGUACAGAGCGGCUGUCAGCAGGCGCUGCUGUGAAGAGGUGAUGGCCAUCAUGUCCUCUCACUUCGUGUGGCAGCGAGAGCGGUCGGAGCACCACAGCGGCGCCCGGCGGCAGUAUGGGGAGCUGGACCGCAUCCGCGUGCCCCGCGGGCCCCUGGCCUCCCCGGUCUCCUGUCCCCUCUGCAAACGUGGCUCAGCGUCGGAUCGGGGCCCGUGGUCCUCCGCCUCUCCCUCCAGAGGCUCUUCGGCGCGGACCCCGAACCCCACCUUUUCCCACCCGUUGACCUCCAUGCUGAGCUUGGAGGUCACGCCCCCCAGGGCCGCAGCCUGUCGGAGGAAGGCGGCGGAGGUGAAGAUCCAGACGAGGCAUUCCUUCUGCUGCAGUGCUGAGGUUCCAAGAGGAGAGUCCUCCAGUGGGUCUACGUACGACCCCUCCAUGGACUGGAUCAGCGAGGAGUAAGUAGAGCGUCAGGGUGCCGCUGCCUCCGCCUCUUUCAUGCCGCUUUUACUCUGAAGUAAAGGUCUGAAAACUUCACCCGUUUGUUGUUCACCGCUUUUUUAAAAUGAGAAACGCGGACCCGACUCGGCAGAACCGGUCCGAAACAAAGUUAAGUAAAAGUUAGCUUGUUUGAGAAUGAGCUCAUGUCAUUCUAUGUACACCUUUAUAAGAGGAUUACUGUUUAACCUGCACCUAGUUCUUUGUAUUUAUAUAUUUAUUUAUUUAUUUAUGU